UCCCCUUUCAUUCCGUCCACAAAAAUAAUAUAAAAUGGCUUCCCAUUUCUCCGCCAAUCUCCUUCCAACCCUUCCAAAUCUCUGCAAUCCAACAACCGAAACCACCAAACACCGACGGCCCCAAAAUUACAAUCCCCUCAAAUUCCAAUUCCAGAGCCAUCCAAACAGACCCCAACAGAAAAACAGAGAGAGAGUAGCGAAAAUGCCGACUCUCACCUCAACGUCCUCAUUCUUUAAUCGUCCCACCCUCUCCCCUCCUUCCAAAACCCGCAAUCAAUCCUCCAUCUACAUCAACUCUCCGUCCCGAAUCCCGACGCAGUGCAAAACCGGCUCCAUCUCCUGCAACGUCGCCCUAAAACAGGAUUCCUCUGCCUCAACCACCACCCUCUCAACCUCCUCGCCAUCUCAGGAAUCGGAGGAACCGAUCCCAGCGAGAAUUGGCGCCAAGGUCAGGGUCAAGGUCCCGCUCAAAGUCUACCACGUGCCGAAAGUGCCUGAGAUCGAUCUCUUCAACAUGGAAGGCACGAUGAAGCAGUAUGUCGCACUCUGGAAAGGGAAGCGCAUCUCGGCGAACCUCCCUUUCAAGGUCGAGUUCAUCACAAGUGUUGAAGGUCGCGAUGAGCCUGUCAAGUUCGCCGCGCAUCUCAAAGAAGAUGAGUUCGAAUACAUUGACUGAAAUUGUAAUGGUCUCAAAUAAACCUCGUUCCCAUAUUACUCUCUUUUUUUUUCUUUUUUCUUUUUUUUUAAUCCAAUGAAAAAAGUGUUUGGUUUGCAGUCCUGCUCACAAUAUUGUAACGUGCAGUGUAAUGUAUAUUAGUGCACGAAAGGGAGAUCAAGUUCAUAAUGACUAAG